CCAAAAGCUUAUCUGCCAUUUUUGUUUACCAACCAGAAACAGCUGACGGUUGGAAACAAUUUCGAGAUUUUUGUUAAUAUUACUCAAUUUUAAAAAUGGAAGAUAAAGCUGAUCAAGAGAAACUUUACGUGGAAGCCCACAAGAAAGUAAAGUUGGGAGAGGAACUGAAAAAGGCGUUAGUCGAAUUUGAGGAUCUUCCCGGGGUCAGCAAAGUUCAACGAAAAAUCCAACAGGAACUUAAGUUUCUAAAUAAGGUGAUUACAACAAAAUCGGUGAAAGAACAUCAUAUAACCAGCAGCAAUUUUGUGUACUAUGACUUCCUGAUAAAAACUCUGCGCUUGCAACAAGGUGUGGUGGAUAUCAAUGCCGUGUUCCGCCUGGAAUCGAGAGAUAGUCCCCUGAGAGUGGAUAUCGUGGCCAAUAAUGGGCUCAAAUGGGUGAAGGUGAUAGCGAGAAACUCCAAAUCCGUGGAGGACGCGGCCAAGGGAUGUGUGAGUCCUGGAGCCCGAAGUGUUUUGGAUCAGGCUGAGGAUUAUUUAGAGGCCAGUGAGCUAAGUUUCUGCAUGUUCCAGAGGCCUAAGAUUGUUUUUUAUUUCUCCAACAAAAUCGAGGACUCACUGCAUGAAGAACUUCUGGAGAUGGGCGUACAAACAGCAUCGCUCGACUCACCCGAUAGCGAUUUGGAUCAAUAUGCCACCACCUCAAAUGAAUUGAAUCUGGAUGUGACUACUCUUCUGGCCUAUGUGAGCGCCCUGACCAAUGGGUCUGCGAAUUGGGUCUACAAGGAACCGCUACUCACCGAACAGGCGGAAAGAGAAAGGGCCUCCCCGCUUAAACCUCUGCUAGAGAAAAUUCUAGAAGGAAAAACAUUAGUCUGCUGCCAGCUAGCCUACGACGCCUUCCAAAGUAUUCUGGAUAUUGUGGGGGGCGAGGGCGAAAGAAAACGGGCCGAGGAGCUGAUGAAAAGGGUCACCGUUUACCCGAAUGUGGAAACCAUACCGGAGGAAUUUUCCCACAUACGUUUUACUGCCAAUGUGAACGAGAGAAGUCUGAAAAUCUUUAGCUUUGGCUUGGCCAGACAAAUUUUCACAGUGACUUCGAAUAAGGCUUUUGUUAGGUCAGCCAAGAUGCAGGGUAUUAAUGUGCCUGUGUUUGUCCAUGCUUCUGUUGCACUCACUGAAGGUAAACAGGCCACAGGGAGACCACUUUAAAUGAAGAAAUUGUUAACUAUCUAUAAUGAUUAUUGUUGAUUCGAUCAAAAUAAAUUUUAAAUAUACACUUUUUUAAUUUAAA